AGUUAGCUGCUGCAGCCAAGAGGGGAAGAGACCGCCUACAUUAAAGCUGGUUUAAAAAAAAAACACAACAACACCCAGAUAGCACAAGCUCACUUCCCUUACUUGCUGCCACGGCUGCUACGGUUGUUUUCCAUUCAUUUUGGAGCCCCACAGCCUGGCUCUCCGUGCAUAAAGCAGGAUGUCUAAAAGCGAAACAGAAGAGAUGAUAGAGAUUGAGAUUGAUGAGCGGGAGAAGCAGGCCUGCUUGGAGGAAGGUGUUGAGGAGCAGACCAUCACGGCUUCAGAUCUGAUUCAACAAGAUAUCGACAUCAAUGAGCCCAUCGGCAAUCUGAAGAAGCUUUUAGAGCCCCGUAUCCAAAUGUCACUGGAUGCGUAUGAGAUCUGCUUGCAAGACAUUCAGCUUCAUCCCGAUCAUAGCCUGUUUGACCAGGGAGUAAAGACGGACGGCACAGUGCAGCUCAGCCUGCAGAUAAUAACUAAACCAGGGGAGGAGAAGUUGAACAUUUUGGAAAUUGUGAAGCCAGUAGAAACCGUAGAGGUUGUGAUUGAUCCGGACGCAGCAGGAGAGGAGGGAACUCUGGUGGAGGAGGGUCAGCUCAUCGCUGUGGAUCGAUCUGGCCUGACAGAUGAGACGUCUGAGCAGGUUACACGCUGGGCUGCAGCCCUGGAAGGUUACCGCAAAGAGCAGGUUCGCCUGGGCAUACCAUAUGAUCCUGUGUUAUGGACAGCUGAUCAGGUGAUUCACUGGGCUGUCUGGGUAAUGAAGGAGUUCAACAUUGAUGAGAUGGAAAUUGGCAGCAUCCAUAUCCAAGGUCGAGAUCUCUGCUCAUUCAACCAGGAUGAGUUCCUUCAGAAAGUGCCUAAUGGAGAGAUACUCUGGAGUCACCUGGAGCUCCUCCGAAAAUAUGUGUUGGCAAGUCAGGACCAGUCUGGUGGGGAUGCUACUGUCACCAUUGAUCAGCCUGUACAGAUAAUCCCAGCUCAAGUGAGCACACCCUCUGCCAUAAAGGUGUUGAAGCAGAACCGUGGCCCCAGAGCUCCCCGAAUUUCAGGAGAGGAGCGAAGUUCACCUGGGAACCGCACAGGCAACAACGGUCAGAUCCAGUUGUGGCAGUUCCUUCUGGAGCUCCUGACAGACAAGGAUGCGAGGGACUGCAUCUCCUGGGUGGGAGAGGAGGGAGAGUUCAAACUAAACCAGCCGGAGCUUGUGGCGCAGAAAUGGGGACAGCGGAAGAACAAGCCCACCAUGAACUACGAGAAACUCAGCAGAGCCCUCAGGUAUUACUACGAUGGGGACAUGAUCAGCAAGGUGCAGGGCAAGCGCUUUGUCUACAAGUUUGUGUGCGACCUGAGAACUCUGAUUGGCUACAGUGCUGCCGAGCUCAACAACCUGGUGACAGAGUGUGAACAGAAGAAGCUGGCUCGUAUGCAGAUGCACGGCAUCGGUCAGCCCAUCACUACAGUGACCCUGGCCACCACGACACUAGACAAAGACAGUUAAACGGGGGCGUUCCUUUACAGUGCUCUCCAGCUCCCACAGGCCAACUGUCCUCCACCACUGCUGGAAAAAAAAACAAAUCAACUUCCUUUUUUCUUCAUUUUAAAAACAGCUGCGACCUUUGGGCACAGAAAUGCAAGACUGAUCAUUGUGGAUUAACAACAUUGUUGUCUUUACAGUUUGAUUCAUCUAAGGCAGUUUUUUUUUUUAUAUAGCUUUCCUUUAAACUCUAACCAAGAGGAGAGGCGAGUUCAGGACAAAAGGAUAAAUGCCAGUGUGAUUUUUUGAGCAACGCUGUUGUGUACAUGUGAUUGAAUGCUUGAAUGAGUGACUGAAAAAACCCAAGUUAUGAGCUUUGUGUAAUGUGUUCCUUGUCUUAAGUUAGGAUAGUUUUUCACUGUAUAUACCGGAACCAUGUUUUUGAUAGCCGCAAGGACAAGUGUAUUUUCAUAUUUUCCAUUUAUAGAGAACCUGUUUUGUAUUUUAUUUAGUGUUUUUUCCCUGAAUUGUUGGACCUUUUUUGUCCACUAGGGGGAAUAAAGUGGUAAGAAUUUUUCUUAACAUUUAAAAAAUGCAGUCUCCUUGCUUAAGCUUUAAAAGUGUAAAUAUACAGGUGUAGCUCAUAUCAUUAGAGUACCAUGAACAAGUUACAACUGUUUCUGUUAUUUAUUUCAAAAAGUGAAACUUUCAUACAGUCUCGAUUCCUUUGACAUAAAGUGAAAUAUUUGGGCGUGGCAUUGCUGAGGUGUUAUGGAGGUCCAUGUUGCUUUGAUAGCAGCAAUUAGCUCGUGUUUGUUGUUGGGUCUGGUGUCUCUUUUAUCUUCCUUGACGGUUAUCCAGAGCUUCUCUUUGUGCUUCAGGGCAGAAGUCUAGUGUAAAAUUUCCACUCAGUGAUUUGGGGUGCCAUGUCAUCUGCUGGUGUUUGUCUACUGUGUUGUUUCCAGUCCAGAGACAACGCAGCAGUCUACCUGGAGAUAUAAAGGCUUUAUGGACAUGACCCCUGCCCACAAUACCAAAACUACCAGCAACUAGUUUGCUGACCCCUGCCCAAUUGUGCUCGCUAACUCGCCUGACCUGAACCCCAGUAUGGGUAUUGUCAAGAGUCAGAUGAAAGACACCAGACCCAACGAUACAGACAAUCUGAAGGCCUCUAUCAAAGCAACCUGGGUUUCCAUAACUACUCGGCAUGCCACCAUCUAUGCGGCGCCCCAUUAAAGCAAUUGUUUGUUCAAAAUGAGCCCGACCAAGUAUUGAAUGAACAUACUUUUCAUAAGGGUCGACAUUUCUAUAUUAUAAAUCUUUUAUUUUAUUGGUCAGAUGUCAUAUUCUAACAUUUUGAUAUCCUGGAUUUUUUUAUAUUAAAAGCUGUAAAAAGAAAAACAAAAAAAAAGCUUACAAAGAUUUCCCUUCAUGUCUUAUGAAUCUACAAUAUAAAAUGUUUCACUUGAGAUAAAUCACAGGAAUAGAAAAACUUUUCACCACAUAAUUAUAUGAGCUGCACCUGUCUGUAUGUCUUCAGUGCCUUAUACAUCACCAUAAAGAAUUCCAAAAAUGACAAACAUAAGAAACGUGGGUACAUUCAAAAUUUUAUUCAUGGUAUAGUGAGUGUAGAAAGCAUUUUCCUUAUUCUUCAGCAAAUGUUUCAUUUAACUACACAUAGAGGAAAAGUAGCUGAAUCAAUGAAAGAAUUACACUUUUAACACUAGCAUCAAAAGAUACCCAGAUUGAGCAUAAUUACAAAUUUGAAAACAUUCACCUGAUUAAGAGCUUCAAUUGUGUCUGUACAUGUGUUGAUGUAAAGAGGUGAUAUGUGUUGUAUUUCUAUGGUAUAAAUGCAAAAAUUAUGCAUGUCA